GGGUCAAUCUUUGGGCGAAGUGACAAUAAUGCAGGUUACAGGAAAAUGUAUGCGGUCUUGACCUCGUCACCGGGGGAUUGUCCAUCUCUACACAUUGUUACCUAGAGUGAUAUCCUUUGAUAAAUGAUGGAUCGGUAGACUCGUGCACCGCUCUUACAACUGAUUGAGUGGUCAAUUCUCCGGAAUGGCGUCAAACCGUGACGGUCUCCUGUCUGAAAAGCACUACGACGACGAUGCCACCCUUGCCCUGUCCGACGACUCGGGAUUCGAAUCUGAAGGCGACAUAGCAGGCGAGGAUCCAGUGAAAGACGGUGACAGAGACAUCCUCGAGGAGACAGAAGAACAUGAAAAGUUGUUGCGUAAACCAGGCAGACUCGAUGCAGCCCGCGCGGCAUUCGGACUGCGAAAUGGCGGCAGCAGCAGCAGACGCCGCAAGGACAAGACGAAGAAAGCAAAGAGGACCGGCAAAGAGUCAUCGGAUAUGAUGAUGGAAAUGGAAGGCGGAUUCAAAGAUACAAGUUCACAGUCAUCUACAGAUUCUGAGAUCGAGGGAACGAAAUGGGACAGAGAUGCUCCGAGACAAUCGCACCGCGGACGGUUGACAGUGAUAUACCUCUCAAUCGUUGCCUUGUUUGUGGCUCUGGUCUUUGGCGCUUACAAGGCUUCUCGAAAGCACAUCUCACCGUCAAACGUUCAUCCUCCGACACUCUCCAACGGAACACAUACAUUUCGUCCGACGACGAUAUUGGUCUCCCUGGAUGGGUUUCGUGCCGAUUUCCUCAACCGGAACCUCACACCGGCCCUCAGUGCAUUCAUUGCAAGCGGCGUCUCUCCGAAAUACCUACUCCCAUCUUUCCCGUCCGUCACAUUCCCAAAUCAUUUCACCCUGGUUACAGGUCUGUACCCAGAAAGUCACGGAAUCGUCAGCAAUCAGUUUUGGGAUCCUGACUAUGAAGAGGAGUUCUAUUACACACAUAUCGAAUCCUCUAUGCAACCUAAAUGGUGGGAUGCCGAGCCACUUUGGGUGACAGCUGAGGACCAGGGUGUCCGAUCCGCAAUACACAUGUGGCCUGGUUCGGAGGCACACAUUCCAGACGUGGAGCCAACAUUUAUGGACAAGUAUAACGGUACGGAGGCACUGUUGCGCAAGGUCGACCGCGUACUGGGCUGGCUCGACCUGCCAGGCGACGAUGACGGUAUUGAAGGACUUGCCCAUAACGAGAAGCGACCACAGUUCAUCGCAGCAUACGUACCUAACGUGGAUGCUGAUGGACACAAAUACGGACCAAACAGCACCGAGAUCAGAGCCACCAUCGUCGAUGUCGACAGUAUGUUCAUCGAGUUGGUCGAGGGACUGUAUGCACGAAAUUUGAGCGACAUCGUCAAUUUAGUAGUUGUUUCGGAUCAUGGCAUGGCUACGACCUCGAAUGAUCGCCUGAUUCAACUUGACGAUUUGAUGGACGUGUCUUUGAUCGAUCACAUCGACGGCUGGCCCUUGAGGGGUCUGCGCUUGAAAAAUCCCGACCGUGAUGUUCCAAUCUUGUACGAACAACUCUCCAAAGAGGCCGAGAAAGCUGGGAGCUUUGACGUCUACACACUCGAAACGAUGCCGGAACGCUAUCACUUUACCAACAACGACAGAAUAGCGCCGCUUUGGGUUGUUCCAAAGACUGGAUGGGCGGUUGUUGAAAAGGCCGAUUUCGAUGUUGCGGAUGCCAUUGCGACUGGGAAGGAGUUUGCACCCAAAGGCUUGCACGGCUACGACCACGAACAUCCUCUCAUGCGAGCAAUAUUCAUCGCCAGGGGUCCUGCAUUUCCUCAUGAACCUAAUAGCCGUCUACCCGUGUUUCAGAACACUGAGGUAUACAAUAUUGUUUGCGAUUCGCUAGGGAUUGAACCCCAUCCGAAUAACGGCACUUUCAGACUCCCCUUGACGACGGAAGGAAUGCACAGUGACGCGGAUGCGCCAGCGCUGGAAACACCUGCAGAUCCUGUCGAUCACGAGGAUAAGACCGAGGAGGUGCCUGAAAGCACUGUCCCGGGCGAUGCAGCGGACGCGACAAGUCCUGGUCCGGAGGACGAUACUACGGGCACCGAUGGCAAGGAGACUGAAGACGCGAAAGGUAAAUGGUGGCAAUUUGUACACGAUCAACUCGAGAAAGCCAAGCAGUGGGCUAAAGAGUUCGUCGACUCCAUCCGAGGAAACAAGAAAGGCCAAAGUGAUGAUCCUGUUUGAAGAGACUUACGAUUUCUCUCAUCACAACUCAACACGACGUCUCAAGCGUCACAUAGGCACACAUCUAGAGACGAGAUGCGCUAAAUCAUUCGCAUAACCGGCCGUGCUAAUCUACAGUGAGGACAUUGGCAAGCGUCAGUGCAGAUUCGGCGGGACUAGCUAGGCUGCUUGAGAAAGUCAUUCGACGCUAUUUCGCCUGUCCCUCACGCAAGGACGUUUAGUCGAAUCCUGGCGCAUAUGGGACAAUCGCAACUGGAUAGUAGCGCUGUCGAUCCGGCCGGACAGGCCUUACUCACGG